AUGAAGACCCUCCCCAACCCCGACAUCACCAUCACUCCAGCACUUCAGGUCGAGCAUGUUCAAAAGGCAUCUGCGACCCCGUCGAUCUCUCUACCGAAGCACAUCGUACACGCGUUCAGAGAGGUCCCGAAGGAGAUACAACCUCGAUGGAGUGACUCAGACCCCAUACACGCCAGUACCAGGGAAGAAGUGGCAAAGGUCCCGCCUCUGUCCAAGCUUCCUAACGCACUUUUGCCACAGGAUGCCAUGGCGUUACCGCCUUAUCUGCACUACGGCCUCCCUAUGACGCUUGAGCAGAUCACUUCUUUUGUUCAGUCGCGUGAUCCAAAUGUGCAAAUCUUUGCCGACCAUGGACAGCUCAGCAACAAAGCCGAGCAACUGGUUGCAGACUGUUUCACUGAGGAAAUCGGGCUACCAGUAUAUCUGGAGCGCGUGUUGAAUGCACCUGACACCCUUUUCAUUCUGUGCCUCCUCGAUAAUUAUAUUGUCAAGGCUUUAUAUCAACGCGAGGAGAUGCCUAAGAAAGAACACAUUCGACGCAUGCAGAAAGCUCUCGGAGUGGAUCCUCAGCAUACUACGAGUGGCAGUACCGUUGAUCAGUUUUCCGAUGAUUUGCCCUUUCCAUUCCUUCAUUACAACGUGAUCACUGCAUGGCCCACUACCUGCGUGCCUGGUGAGGCAAUGCUGGACGGGGUGGUAGGGGGCAGCCGACCACGUGUGCCAAGCUUCCGGGAGGUGAAAGGCAUGCGAACGCUUGAGCAGAGUUUGAGCAGGGUGAUCGAGAAAGACGUUGUAACAGAGGUAGUCUCCAUUGCUAACCCUAACUCCGUCGUCAACACUACCGCCAGUGGUAUCGUGCCCGAGCCUCAUACAGCUUUGAACUCUGAUCUCUUGGUAGCGGACGACUGCCUGGUACUCAAAACCCGCCGUUCUGUGCCAACGUUCUCAAAGAUUGCCCAAGACAAGAAGGCAUAUCAUUCAGGUCUUCUUGAGGAAAUCCAUGAUAAAUCCAUACUCAUCAAGCCUCUUAAAUUCCAACAUCACUACACUCCAGCGCCUCUCGUCGAGGACAGCGUGGAAAGGCAUUUACUACUCAAUAUUCUCUACCGGAGCAUAUCGGACGCACCCUCAAUCAAAGACGAGGAUGGCAAAGCUCCGCCAAACUUCGCUAAAUGGUGGCACAUGUCGAACCUUGGGGACCAAAGUCUGAGCACAUUGGCAACUUCAUCACUCUCCUCUUCAGGCGCCAUCACUUGGAUAUCUGUCAUCAGUAUGGCGAUCCUGUUCAUUCCCGAAAUCAUCACUCCAGCGCUUUCUGUAGAGGACAGCGUUCCGAAAGAGCUUCACCCUCGAUGGAGUGACGCAAACCCUAUAAUUACGGAAGAAGAACUGGCGAUGGUUCUGCCUAUGUCUAAGCUUCCUUGCAUACUUUUGCCCAGGAAUGAGAUCCCAUCGCCGCCAUGUUUGCAAUACGGUCUCCCCAUCACGCUUAAACAGAUCUUUUCCCUUCGCAAUCCAAACACGCAGGUCAUCAACAAGUCUGGAUCAUCCAGUUGCCAAGCCGGAAGACUAUUCGUAGACCGUCUUACUGCGGAAAUUGGUCUAACAGUAUAUUUGCAGCGUGUGGUGAACGGGCCUGGAACACCUUUUGUUGUAUGUCGGCUGCAAAAGGCUCUCGGGGUGAAUCCCAAGAUCUUGUCGAUGUGCCUGCAAGCAUUCUUGCAUAACACAGCCUUUACCUUCAAGCUUCAAGCUCUGAGUCCGAUCCUUAUGUCGCUUUUGUACCCGGUGUUCUUAUGUGGGCUUGCUUCACAAAGUGCACUCGACAACAUGGCGGUGGCAUCUCAGCCUCAGUGCACGCAGUGUCACCUUGGUCACUCUCUUUUGGGCGUGAAAGCCUUCAUACUCACCAACAGCAUGUCGACCUCCACUGUUCUUGAUAUUACCAUCACUCCAGCACAUCCUGUCGAGGACAGCCAGACGGCAUCGACAACUCAGUCUUCUUUACCAGAACCAAUAGUACAAGCAUUUAGAAAGGUGCCAAAAGAGAUUCACCCUCGGUGGAGUGACUCAGAUCCCUUCUACACGAGAGAAGAAGUGGCAAAGGUUCCGCCUAUGUCCAAACUCCCUCGUGCUCUAUUGCCCUUGCAUAAAUAUGCAUCCCCGCCAUAUCUGCACUAUGGGUUUCUUCUCACGUUUGAUCAAAUAACCUCAUUCGUUCAUUCUCGCGACCCAAGCAUACCAAUCACUACCGAUCUUGGACUUCUCAGUAUCAAAACUGACGACUUCGUUGAGAAAUGCCUUACUGAGAUCGUCGGCCUGCCAAUAUAUUUAGAGCGUGCGCUGAAUGCGCCUGACACUUCGUAUAUCAUCGCGUGCUUGGUUGACAAUUAUUCUAUCCAGUCAUCCAUGAGGCACAACAAGAUACCAAAGGAAAAACACAUACGUCAGGUGCAAAAAGCUUUUGGGAUAGAUUCCAAAGUUCUGCCGAUGUGGUACAUUGCUGGAGGUGCCUACCAAUGGCGUGCACCAGACCAUGUGGACGCAUACAGAAUACGGUUGUUGAUCCAACAGACCAGAGCACAAGCGCUCAAGGUUAGAUCAACACUAUCUGAUUUGAUGGGGAGCUUUAGUUGA